CUUUGCAGUAUAGUAUUUCCUUCUCCCUGAACUUUACGUGUACGUUUUCGUGUUCCUAUAGCCUUUCUCUGCUUUUUUUCCUGCUCUUUCUUUAAUUUGUUUAAUCUUUAAAAUUCAUACCGGUAUCAGAACUUAAAGCUGCUACGGAACCACUAUAUUCAGCAAGUGUGAGCGCAGGAUAAGAGCGUGCACACUUCCCCGUUUCAAGCAACCAGGAGAGCAUGUAGAGAGAGAGAGAGGAAAACCCCAAAAGCAGAGAGAACCAGUUUGAAGGAGAGAGAAAGGGAGAGGAAAAAAGAUGAAAUUUUUGGAACUAUGUUGAUGUAGAAGGGGCAAAGCAAAGCAAACCAAAGAAAGGGGGGAAUCGAUAUUAUGACACUCUUUCAUCGAAAGGUCGAUUUCUUUUGUCACCUGCUGAUCGCUAUGAGCUAAAAGAAAACACGAAAAGAGAAAAAAAAGGGGAAAUAGGGCCAAAAAGCAAAUCGAUAAUCCGACCACUCAUGCUUCUUCGUUCGGCGUGCUUUGAUACUAUGAGCUUGACCCACCAUUUUUUUCCUCUCUUCUGAUGGAGUCUUGAUAUAGGGAGAGCCCCACCUCAGAUUUCAGUAUACCUUUUUCCCCAGUUUUUGUUCCUUGGUUUUGGAUUUUUGGGGCAUGCCCUGGUGACCCCAGUUGGAUUCUUCUGCUCAUUUCUUUGGAUCUUUCUCCCCGGGUUUAUGUCAUUUUCUUGAGGUCGGUUGAUGAGCUGAAGUGGGUGUUAGUUAAUAGUUAUUUCCCAUUUAUUGAGCUGAUUCAGUGCUGAAGUUUGAGUCUUGUGAACAAGGAGGUGGUUUCCUGAGGUGAGUUUGAGGAAUUUUGUAGGGUUCUGGAUGGAAAUAUGCUAUUUUGGGAUUUGGGUUUUCGAUGUUCAAAGGGGUUAGUUGAUGUAAAGAUGGGUUCUUGUGUUGUGUUCUUGGUGUGGAAAUAGCAAGAAACCACAUGGGUUCUUUUGAAGAGAAAGGCAAAGCAGGAGGGUUGGUUUCCGGAGCUCAAACUCUAUUUGAGGAAAUGAAGUUGUUGAAGGAAAUGCAGGAUCAUUCUGGGGUUCGGAAGCCGAUGAAUUCAGAGCUGUGGCAUGCAUGCGCCGGCCCAUUGGUGAACUUGCCGCUGGUUGGAAGCCUAGUGUAUUACUUCCCACAAGGACACAGCGAACAGGUGGCAGUUUCGACUAAUAGAACUGCAACCUCACAAAUCCCCAACUAUCCAAAUCUCCCACCUCAGCUGUUGUGCCAAGUUCACAAUGUUACACUACAUUCUGACAAAGAUACGGAUGAGAUCUAUACCCAGAUGAGCCUUCAGCCUGUCAGCUCCGAAAAAGAUGUCUUUCCAAUACCGGACUUUGGAUUUAAGCAUAGUAAGCAUCCAAGUGAAUUUUUCUGCAAAACCUUGACUGCAAGUGAUACGAGUACGCAUGGUGGCUUCUCAGUGCCUCGUAGGGCUGCAGAAAAGCUGUUUCCGCCAUUGGAUUUUUCAAUGCAACCACCAACUCAAGAGCUCGUUGUCCGCGACUUGCAUGAAAAUACCUGGACUUUUCGUCAUAUAUACCGCGGGCAGCCAAAGAGACACCUCCUGACAACUGGAUGGAGUAUGUUUAUUGGUGCAAAGAGGCUUAGAGCAGGCGAUGCUGUUCUGUUCAUAAGGGAUGAAAAAUCACAACUGAUGCUGGGUGUUAGGCGUGCGAACCGUCAACAAACUAAUUUGCCAUCAUCAGUCCUAUCUGCCGAUAGCAUGCACAUUGGGGUACUUGCGGCUGCAGCCCAUGCUGCUGCUAAUAGAAGCCCUUUUACGAUUUUCUACAAUCCUAGGGCAUGUCCUUCAGAAUUUGUUGUUCCUUUGGCCAAAUAUCGAAAAUAUGUAUAUGGAACUCAACUCUCAGUUGGUAUGAGGUUCGGAAUGAUGUUUGAAACUGAUGACUCGGGCAAACGCAGAUAUAUGGGUACAAUUGUUGGUAUAAGUGACUUAGAUCCACUGCGGUGGCCUGGUUCCAAAUGGCGCAAUCUUCAGGUAGAAUGGGAUGAAACUGGGUGUACUGAAAAACACAACCGAGUUAGUCCCUGGGAAAUUGAGACUCCCGAAAGUCUUUUCAUUUUUCCUUCUCUCACAUCAAGUUUCAAACGACCCCUACAAGCUGGUUACUUAGGAGAGCAAUCUGAGUGGGAGAUGCUGAUAAAGAGGCCUUUUGUACGGGUUCCUGAAAACCCAAGUGGGGAACUUCCUUAUCCCUCAAUUUCAAGCCUCUGGUCUGAACAACUUCUCAAGAUGCUGAUGAAACCUCAAAAUGUCACCAAUGGGACUGUGCCACCUGUCCAAGACUCUUUAUUUAAGGGAGCUUCAACUCUAGAGACCCCGAAUCCGACACAAGCGAUUGUCAAGCAGAAACCACAGCUUGAAAAUACUUCGUCAGAAAGUCAAAAUCGUCCUAAAAUCCAACUCGACCAAACUGAUUCCACCAAACCAAACUACUUAACACAAACUGAAGUAUCGAAAGUAGAACCUGUAAUUGUUGUUGAUCAGCUAAGCCAGUUGACUUCUUCUUUAGGGAAAUGUAAUGAAGACAAAAUGACUCAAAAUUCCGUGAAUCAGCAGAAUCUUGUUAAUCAGCUGACAUUACUCAACCAAAACCACGGAUUGCCGCAGUUGCAGACUACUCCAUGGGUGGACUCCCACCAAUUAGAUUGUACUAAUUUCAAUGGGUUACUUCCGUAUGCGGACACCAGUGACUGGAACAUGAACACUGGAAUUCUCAGAUCGCAGGGACCUUUAUCCAUUUUCGGAAAGCAAGAGUCAUCAGCGGUGUAUUCAGAAACAGUUGAGCCUACUGUAUCUUCGGUUGGCCACGACAUGUGGGACCACCAGCUAAAUAAUUUCAGGUCUUUAUCACAGACGAACCAACUUGCUCCAUUGCCUCAGCAGGAUCUUUAUAGCCUUCAGAGUAGUAGAUAUGAUUCAAGUGAUUUGUAUAGUUGUCUAAACUUUGAUGGUAGCAGCGGAGGAAGCGCAGUGGUCGAUCCUUCUGUUUCAAGCGCUGUUUUCGAUGAGUUUUGUUGCCCAUUGAAAGAUGCUUCUUUUCAAAAUCCCUCAAAUUGUUUAUUAGGCAACUUUAGUUCAAGCCAGGAUGUUCAGUCCCAGAUAACAUCAGCUAGCCUAGCUGAUUCUCGGGUAUUCUCCUUGCAAGAGUUCCCGGAUAGCUCCGGUGGCGCAUCGUCGAGCAAUGUAGAAUUUGACGAUGGUAGUCUUUUGCAAAACAACACAUGGCAACAAGCGGCUCCGCCAGUGAGAACCUAUACAAAGAUUCAGAAGGCUGGAUCUGUUGGGAGGUCAAUUGAUGUCUCGGGAUUCAAGAAUUAUGAUGAACUGCGCUCUGCAAUCGAAUGCAUGUUUGGACUUGAGGGGCUGCUCAUUGACAGAACUUCUGGUUGGAAACUAGUUUACGUGGAUUUCGAGAAUGAUGUUCUCCUUGUUGGCGACGAUCCUUGGGAGGAAUUCAUUAGCUGUGUUCGUUGCAUUAGAAUUCUAUCUCCUUCUGAAGUUCUGAAGAUGAGCGAAGAGGGAAUGCAGCUUCUCAACAAUGCCACCACCAUUCCGGGUGCUAAUGGAUCGAUGUCAGAAAGUGCUUAUGCUUGGGAUUGCCCAAAGUGAUUCGUAGAGUCGUUUUUGCUUGGUGGAUUCUGAAAAAUUUGUGGUCUUAUUUCUCCCGGAAGAGAACCUCAAGCAGGGCAAGUGAUGUAGGUACUGAAUCUUCAGAUUACAGUAGUUCAGAGCUUUGGUUUUUAGAUUUGGCCUUAUAGAGUACUCUACUAUUAAGUACGUGUGACUGUUGUGAGAUUGUUGUUCUGAUUGUAUGCUUCAUUCACUUGUCUCAGUUUUCCAAA